GGCCACAGGAGAACCUUCCCGCGCGCGCUGUUCCUGUAUUUUCGACGGUCGUCCUUUUUUUUCUUGGAAAAGCACCGUACGUUGGUAUUCGUGAGAGGGGCGGAUGUUGUUGUGGUGCUAAGUUAGUGUGUUAUCAUCAGCAUUCGUCCUCGUCGCCGUCGUGGCCAGGAUCUAUUUUUAGCACUCGGGGACGAAACGGGACGGGAUUUUCCGCGAAAGCUUCUCAGUGGGCAAGGGGAGGGUUAAGUGGGUGGUGCAUGUUUUGAGUCCUUGUCGUCGUCGUCGUCGGCUGUGUAAAUGAAAAUUCUGUGCGAGGAUAAUCGCUGACUUGGAUUGAGACAUCCUGCAAGGAUAACAUUCACAGUGUCAGAGUGGGUGUGUGUGCGAGAUAUCGUAAAUGUCAAAAGUUUUUCCUUGGCGCUGAGGAAAACCACCCCCUUGGGCGUGAAGGAAACAAAGGAAAAGCGUCCCGUGAGUCCUGUCGGAGCGGUCCAGUCACAAGGAGGAAAACCAUGUUUGGACCGAGUGUAAUGAGUGUGAAAAAGGUGAAAAGUUCUGAUUCUUCGCCGAAUCUAGUCUGAGAGUGUGCCCAGCAAACACACCCUAGCGGAGAACACCCUGAAGAGAGUGUGUUGUGCUCCAGACUGGAUACAAACAAAAAGGACACCCCCGCCGAGAUAGUGAAUGGCUUAAUUAAGGGGUGCCACCUCCUUCGUCAAGUGAACCUCUUGUUUAAAACCGCUUCGGCUCAUAACAAGUGUGUGCUAAUCGAUUUUCCCUCCAUGAAUCAUCGUCUGAACCCUGCCUGAGACCACUUUCGUCGUCGUUAUCAUCGAUCGGCAAGAAGAAGAAGCAUGAAGCCCGCUGAUAAGACUUGUGGAGGGAAGUGUUAAAACUCGGCAGGUUCGAGGCCACUACACAAUGCCAGUAGGUGGCCAUCAAUCUCGACAACAUGACCAACAGGGGAUCAUCGUCAGCUUCACCUCCAGACUCCAGCACCAGGCAUCAGAAGAAGAAGCGAGACCGUAAGCUGGGGCUGCUGGCCGCGAUGCCGAAGCUCAACCGGCGGCGGUUCUAUCUCGCCCUCAAGGUGAUGCUGCUGUUUGUGGUGUUUGGGCUGUACUUUGUGCUGCUGCUGCGGGAGUCCAUGUCGGCGUUCUCCGCCGGGGGAAGGGGUAAGGGUAGCGGGAAAGUUGAACAGCACAAACCCCCCGCCGAAGGUCGCCUAUCGCGACCAAUCAAAGCCGCCGGCUUCCAGCGGCCGCGCCAAAACAGCAUUCACAACCACGGAGAAGACGAUACGCUGCAGUCUUCCAAGGAUCACCCCCAGCACGAUGGCAUCACGCCGAACCACUCCACCCUGAACCCGGUGUACGAGUACUCGGAGGAGAUGAACGCCGCCGCCGAGGCGGACUUUACCGAGCGCCGGGCCAUGCUGUGGAACGUGUGCGCCGACCACCGGAUCAUCGGCAAGUUCGCACCGAACGCGUGGGAGUUUUUCAUCUCACCGGGGCACGGGCUAGCGUGGUGUAACAUCUUCAAGGCCGCCAGCAGCACCUGGAUGUACUACUUCAACAUCUUGGGUGGUUACGACGUCCGGUACCUGCAGCGGACGAGGGCCUCUCCGAUCGAGCUGGCCCGCAAGCGGUUCCCGCGACCCAGCACGACCGAGCUGAACGACUACCUGUCGAACACGAUCUCGUUCCUGAUCGUGCGGGAACCGUUCGAGCGGCUCGUGUCCGCGUACCGGAACAAGCUGGAGGGUUGUCGGAACAAGUACUACAAGCUGCUCGGCGAGCAGAUCAUCAAAAAGUUCCGCAAAAAGAUCAAGGACGGGGAGGGGAGGCUGAUUACGAAAUACCCCAAAGGGCCGACGUUCCGGGAGUUUCUGCAGUUUCUGGUGGCGCACUACAAGAGCGGAGGACGCUUUGACGAGCACUGGAGUCCGGUGUACUCGUUCUGUACGCCGUGCAGUAUCAACUUUACGCUGAUUGCGAAGGUGGAGACGUUCCAGCGGGACAGCGAGUACAUAAUACGGCAGGCCGGGCUGGAGACGCUGCUGCUGAACAAGCUGCCCCGUGGGAAGGCUCGGGCGAUUGCGAAUCGGGCCACCAGUAACACCAAGAACUUGGUGCCGAGAUACUUUGCCCAAAUCGACGAGCAGCUGCUGACGGAGGUGCUCGAGAUCUACCAGCUGGACUUUGAGCUGUUUGGCUACAACAGCACCAAGUACUACAGCUAUGUACAGGAAACGCUGGACGGUGGUGGCCGGUGAACCGAUUAACCAUUUAUUACAACACAACAACCAACAUAUAUACAAACACACACACACAAAAAUCCCCAGUUUAAUCAAGACUUAAGGCUAGUUGGAAGCUGCAGAAAAUGGUGAUUUGGUGAAGAAAUCGCAUAGAAAAAACACAAAAUCCCUGUUCGAUGUUCGUUUUUUGUGAAGGUGUCUCGUUAGAAUAGCGUAUAUACAUAUAUUUAUAUAUUUUUGAUAAACCAAAAACAGAAGCAAAAAAAAUGACAAAAGUUAACGGUUAUUUUCGUAGGUUAGUUUCUUAUUAUACUUUUAAUCGGGGUAAAAGAGAAAAACAAGUCAAGGACAGCACACAAAUGUCAGAGAGAGAAAGCAAAAAAUUAAAACGAAAAAACACACAAAAUUGUGAAGGACUAAUCCCACCUAAUAGUUUCCAAAAAAGAAAAAAAUACGGAGGGAAUUUUACACGCAAAAUUUCAUCAGUUUAAAGUCCAGCUUUAGGAAUCGUAUUUGCCAACCCGACUUGUUUGAUGUGAUCAAUGUUUUAUGUGAAUGUACGUCGUCAUCCCCGCGCGCGCGAAUGUUUGUAAUUUGCAUACAAAUUGAGAGAGAGUUUCGUCGCCGCCGCCGCCGCCCUUUUGUGUGCUGAUAUGUAAUUAGCUGAUAGCCAACAACCUCCCCUCCCUCCCAGGGGAGAGAUAGAACUGAGGGCCAUAAAUCCAUAAAAGUUCUGGCGAAAAUAGUAGAUAGGACUCGCGUGCACAAACACACACACCCUUACACAUACAGUUAGGCACACAAUUCGGCUAAACAAUGGCUUUUGUGAUAAUUUUUGCAAGCUAUCUUAGUGAUCGAUGUGGAUAAAGUGCCAAAUAUGUUGUUAAAACUUUCUCUCGGAAAAAAAGGAAAAAAAUCUUCGAUGCACAGUUUUUUCGUUACCCCCUAAAACGCACCUAAAAGUUUACGUGAAAUCGUGUCUGUCUGCGAAACUGGAAUGCAGCUAGGAAAAAAAACUGAGCUAAGGAAAAAAAACUUAUGUGAAAAAUAUUAUUCUAUAUAUAAAAAUACUAGAUGUUGUGAACAAAUACUACACCCAACCAAAACCAAAAGCAAAAACCCCAGCACCAAAAUGAACCAGAUAAACAAAAAAAAAUCACACAAGUUAAAACAAAACAAGUUGUAAGUUUAACAAACAUAGGGAACGAAACGUUGAAUCGGAACUGCGAAUCUGCUCGAGUUAGUUAUACACAAAAAAAAGUUAGUCUCACCAUAUUG